AGACUUACACAUAUUUUUCAACACUAGGCAAUAAAUGUAUUUUCGCUUCUCGCUUUAAUUCAGACUUCUAAAAAAAUACAUUUUUUGCAAACAUUGAAAAGAGGAGCUUAUAACAACAUUUAGAUUCAAUAUAAAAACAACGUUAAAGGAGAGCAGUGGAUCGAAACGCUUAGGAAGUUGAACGCCUUAAAAGCUUACCGGAAUUGCAGAUUCACUUAUACCGCCAGCAGCGCCGCCGUCGUCUAUCAGACGCCAUCUCCCUGCCCUGCUCAUAGAUUUUACACAAUAUGUCACGUAGUGUGCGCGCCGAGACACGCAGUCGUGCUAAGGAUGACAUCAAACGUGUCAUGCAGGCUGUCGACAAAGUACGGCACUGGGAAAAGAAAUGGGUGACCAUCAGCGACACGACGAUGAAGAUCUACAAAUGGGUGCCCAUAUCGUCCAAUAGUGAAAAAAAGUCAAAGCUGCAGCUAAAUAACAAAAUCAGUGACAAGGAGAACUCGCAAAAAGGCACGCCCACACCGCCCCAAAUAACGCCCAGCUAUGCAGGCCUCACGGCCGAAGACUCCAAUACUUGCUUCUCUGUGGUGAGCGACAGUCAGGGAGCUGAUUUCGUGUCCAGCAUGCCCUUCUCCGAGGACUCCAAUUCACAGGGCAGCGAUGGGCCGGUGAAGCGCCUAAAAACGAGUGAUUAGCUAGCCGUGCACAUUCACAACACAUUUAUCAGCUAAGCCAACACACACACGCAUACCCACACACGCCCACAUACAAGCACGCGCACAUUCACUGAUUACAUAGAGUGCUGUGCACGUGUGGGUGACCCACACCCGUGUGUGCGUGUUCGUGUGCGUGUGAAUCGAUCGGAGUUAUUUUAUUUUUUUUAUAGAGACCUAAGCGUAAACAAUUAAAAUUAUAAGUAAGACGAUAAUCAUCUGCCUCACCAAGACUUAAGCAAUUCUCCUAAAAGUCUAACCAUAAGUAAAUGAUACCUAUACAGAUAAACUUAACUAUGCAUAACUCUUGAUUGUAAACAUAUAGAUAAGAGUAUAAUACAUAAAUUGCUCUAUGCACAUAUAGCAGUUAAACUUAAGACAGUCUCUUUUUUGUAUACUGUAUACUUACUGUACGUCGUCCCAAUUGAGCGAGUUGUCCCUUAUGUUUAGGCCUUUAGCAUUUAGCACAAAUAACUAUAUCAAUUUAUUUAUUUGCACAAACAAUAAACAAACAAACUGAAACAA